AUGUCCUCGCCGGGAACCUGCUACUCAGACAGAGCUCCGUCACCGUAUCUUGACCGACCCGUCGUUCCGAAGGUCAAGAUGUCCAAGGACCCGUCUCCAGUGUCCAAGUACAAGCCUCGCGGAGUCAUCAAAUACUACCCCUUUGAAAACUUGGACGACCUAUCCCGCCGCGAAGUCCAUCGCUUUCGUGUCUCGCCAUUUGGUCGUAUCCAGGAGUCAUGUGCCCAUAUUCCCUACAACAGCGGGAAGAAGGACUUCUUCGAGAAGACGGGGCGGGAGAGUUUUGAAGUUUUCAAGUAUGAGUUCAAAGUCCCGGGAGAGGACAACGACUUCACCGUAAUGUGGGACUACAACGUCGGUCUUGUCCGUAUGACUCCGUUCUUCAAGUGUUGCAAAUAUUCCAAGACUGUUCCGGCAAAGAUGUUGAGCCUCAACCCUGGACUCAAGGACAUCACUCACAGCAUCACUGGAGGCGCAAUAGCAGCUCAAGGAUACUGGAUGCCGUAUGAAUGUGCCAAGGCAGUAUGUGCCACGUUCUGCUACAACAUUGCCGGAGCCCUUAUUCCCAUUUUCGGCCCAUCAUUUCCGUCCAUGUGCGUCCCGCCAGGCUCGCCAGAGUAUCAACGCAUGGUGAUCGACCACCGCAUUGUCGAAGACGCCAUCAAAGACGCCGAUCGGUCACGAAAAGUACAGCACCACGCUCUCCCUCCGAUUGCAGUCGGACACAUGCCCAACAUGGAGCGGCAGCCCAUGCGACCUCAUCGUGACGACAGAAGACUCCGACUCAACACGAAUCGCCUCAUGAGCCCGUAUAGCGAUACUGACGGGGAGGGCGGCAACCGCUCGUGCCCGGACUCGGCGUCUAGCAACGGCUCAGACGGCGUCAGCUACAGCUAUGGAUAUCAUCUGGUUCCAGCACGACACUCGCAGCCGCCGACUUCUGGAUGGGUGGCCGCAAACCGUCCGGAGCCGUACCGCCUGGCCGACGAGGUCUACCGCACAGCCCAUACACCUCAUCCAUACCUCAGUGCCGUCCCUCGCUUCACGCCCCUGAACAGACACACACCAACCCCUCGUGCUCCGUGGUCACAAAAGCGUCCUGUCGACCACGAUGACAGCGAUGGCGGUCGUGAGAGCAGCGGCGAGAGCGUCCGCCUCAGCAGCCCCGCGCCCAGCUUCCAGUCUGAACGGCGCAGGGAAGAAGAGUCUGACGCCGAGAUUGCCGAACAGAAUGCUGCGCUGGGCCUCAUGACGCUCAAGACGGCGUCUCGUAAGGAGUCUGGGUACCAGAGCGACUUGGACAGCUCCGAUUUACACCGAAGCAAGCGACGGCGGGCCACGUCUGCGUGUAUUAUUGAGGGGCUUGAGCGGAAUAGAAAGGGAGGAGGAUGGAUGACUCGGACGACUUGA